CGCUGGGUCCCUAGGGCAGGAAAGACGAGCCUUCGUGGGCUGGAACCUUGUGUGUCCGGGUCUCGCUUCCCGGGCUGCUGGAAGGAAGCGUUUAAGUGUGGGACUGCGAGAAGCGCUUGUAAACAGAGAGCCGGGCCGGGAUGGUAGGUGGCCAAACCGGCUGUCACUGUGAGGAGGGCUUGCUGCCGAAGCCGAGCCCCAGCCAGGCGUAGACUGCAGGACCCUCAGGUGAAGGGAGAGAAGCAGCCGGCGGCCAGGAAAUUAAAGAUGGUUGCGGCAUUGCUGUGACCAGCACUUCCUGUUGUCUCUACAGAGAUCUCACUGAAGAAUAAUCUCAGAGGAAUGUUUGUCUCCCAGCACCUUUCUUGAUGACUAUUAUCAUCUAGCAAAUGCUUUUAGUGACUCGGAAAACAUCAACCACCCUUGUGCUUGGCCUGCUCUGAGCAGCCAAAUGAAAGUUCCUUCCAGUUGUUUCCAGAACCGCGUCACCCAAAGCACCUCUCUUCACUGGGUGAAGGUUCAUGCAGCCCUUUCCUGAACCAGCUUAGGGGGCUUAGUCCUCUCGGAGCCUGUGACAUGGAAGCUUUGGAAGUGGACGAUAUCAGCCCCGCCUUGGAAGUUACUGAGGAUUUCUUUAGCACUUUUGAUAGUAAACUGGAAAAGGCCGUGCAGCAAGCGGAGGUUUAUGGGAUUCAGGAAGUCCCUGAACUGGUGGGGCAUGAGGUACUCAGUAACAUAGACAAUGGUGCUAUCAGAAACGUUGCCUCCUUGGGCAAGGGGGGCAUGAUUUGGGACCACUGUAAGACCAGGCUCUUAGAAACCAAAACUCAAAAUGUCUUCCCUGCCAAAGAACAGUUUAUGGUCCAGAAGGGGACAACCCCAGAUAAUCUUUCCUGGAUGGAACAAAAGGAAGCUUCCACCUUUAAUUUUUUCAACAUCUGUCAGCGUCGGAGGGACAGACCUCGUUCUGUGAAUGACUUACUGGAUGAGAACACCACUUUUAAGCCCGGGCACGCUCGAUCAAGAUCAGAUAUUAGCCAGGUGGACUGGAGGGCAGUCCUCAGAACCUCACCUUUGCAGCAGCAGCAGCAACCAUCUCUUCAGGGCCCUCACUUCACCAGGCUGUCUUUUCUGUUGCCCUCAUCAAACAAGGUAGAAGAUGCUCAAGGAAAUACUGAACACAAGCAGGCAUUCCCAAACAUUCUGAAGAAGGGUUACCUGGAGAUCAGGAAGGACCAUGACAGUUACUGGCAAAGCUGUUAUGCGGAGCUCUCUCCCUAUGACUUGUGCUUCUACAGCCUCGACAGCAGUGGGAAUCAGAGCCUCUAUGCCACGUACCAGCUGUCACACUUCCAGAGCAUAUCUGUUCUGGGCAACCUUGAGGCUAGGCUGGUGGACACUGUUCUGUAUGACAACACUCAGCUGCAGCUAAAGGCGGAGUCACCAUGGGAGGCUUUGGACUGGGGGCAGAAGCUUUGGGAAGUCGUGCAUGCGGCCGCGCCUGCUUACUUGGGACGGCAGGAGGAGCUGGCGAACUCACCAGGGCUUGGUCAUCAUGUUGACUGUCCACAGAAUCGUUGUUUACAGAAGAAAUCCAGUGAGCUGCUCGUCCCGUCCCCUGUCUUAGAUAGCCCCAAGCAGUACCAAAACAUCCUCAAAUCAGGGACGCUCUACAGGCUGACUAUCCAAAACAACUGGAAGGCAUUUACGUUUGUGCUGAGCAGGGCCUACCUGAUGGCUUUUCAGCCCGGCAAGCUAGAUGAGGAUCCCCUGCUAAGCUACAAUGUGGAUGUGUGUCUGGCUGUCCAGAUGGACAACCUGGACGACUGUGACUCUUGCUUUCAAGUCAUUUUCCCCCAAGAUGUCCUCCGCCUCCGUGCUGAGACCCGGCAGAGGGCUCAGGAGUGGAUGGAGGCUCUGAAAACAGCUGCCAGUGCGGCCAGGAGUUCAGAACAAAACCUGCAAGUCACACUGAGGAACAAACCCAAGGAUCAGAUGGGUGGGCUGGAACUCAGGAAGAACAAACGCCAGUCUGUGACCACCAGCUUCCUCAGCAUCCUGACAACGUUGUCUUUGGAACGAGGACUCACUGCUCAGAGUUUCAAAUGUGCAGGAUGCCAGCGAUCCAUCGGUCUUUCCAACGGGAAAGCCAAGGUGUGCAACUACAGUGGGUGGUAUUACUGCAGCAGCUGCCACGUGGACGACAGCUUUCUCAUCCCGGCGCGCAUAGUCCACAACUGGGAUACUUCAAAAUACAAGGUGUCCAAGCAGGCCAAGGAGUUUCUGGAGUAUGUGUACGAGGAGCCCCUGAUCGACAUCCAGCAGGAAAACCCCAUGCUGUACGGACACGCCGAGCCGCUGGCCACUGUGGUGCGGCUGCGGCAGCGGCUGAAAUCGCUGCGAGCCUAUUUGUUCAGCUGCCGGGCAGCCGUGGCCGAGGAUCUGCGCCGCAGAAUCUUCCCCAGAGAAUACCUCCUCCAGCAGAUCCACCUGUAUUCCCUUGCCGAUCUGCAGCAGGUGAUAGAGGGAAAGCUGGCUCCAUUCUUGGGCAAGGUCAUUAAAUUUGCCACCUCACAUGUGUACAGCUGCAGUCUUUGUAGCCAGAAGGGAUUCAUCUGUGAAAUCUGUAACAAUGGAGAGAUCCUCUACCCUUUUGAGGAUAUUUCAACAAGCAGGUGUUGAAGAGGAGCAUGCUGAGGAACUUUCUCCAUGGUUCUCUAACCAUGGUGGGUGGAGGACAAGACUCCUGCCUGGGUUCCAGAAUCAAAACUAACAAAGAUGGAAGGGCCAGUGAAGACCAUUUAGACAUCUCUAGGGUAGAAAACCCAAAGCCCAGAGAGCACACAGAUUUUGUGAGUGUCAGAAGCAGGGUGGUGACCUAUCAAGAUGGAAUUCUGCUCCCUUAGACUACAGGACUGCCCACUCUUAAAUGUAUUUAUUGAGUUGGUGAAGGUUCUCCUUGAUAAAAAAAACUUGAGCACAAUGCUCAGUUUUUGGCUUUUAAACUUUGGUCAAAGAGUAACUUAGUAAAUAGCAUUUCACCUUGGCCUGGUGGCUCCUAUAUUCACAUGUCAAAAUGUUGCAGAAUGUCUGCUAACACAGACAAGACUUUUGUGAAAUCCUCAGAGCUGACCUGACCCUUUAUGCCAUUAAGCCUCUUGAUAAAUACUGCACAACCCUAGCUGGUGAGGCUGCCAUUGUUUUUUGAAGCCAUUUGGUCCCUUGAAUAGAUGGCUGUGGUCUCCCCCAGACUCAUUUCUUACCAAGUUUCUAGUUAGGUGUCUGGUUAAUACUGUGCUAAUCAUCUUAUCUCUAAGCAUUUCAGACAACCUGAUUUUCUUGUUGUUUGGAGGGGGAAAUGUUUAUUAUUAUUUAACUCUUGUUUUAAUGUUCUUAACAAUAAAAAUUAAUUGAUGCUCAUUACAGAAAUUUUUAAGGUACAUAAAAGUAUAAAGAAAAAAUUAUCCAUUCAUAUGUAUACAUAUAUAUUUUUUAAUAAAACUGAGAUCAUGUUGAAUACAUAAUUUUAUAUCCAGCCUUUUUAUCACAUCAUAUCAGAACCAGGAAAAUAGUCAUAUUUAAUCUAUAUACUUUUAAUGAUGGAUACUUUUACAGGAAAAAAAAUUUAAUUGGCCCUAAAAUUAUUAAGAUCCAUUUAAGAAGUAAAGGCAGGCUAGUCAACAGAAAGAUCACUGGACUAAGAAUAUAGAAGUCUAGAUGUCAUUCCUAACUCUGCCACUAAAUUGCUGUGUGACCUUUAACAAGCCACUUCCCUGCCCCACCCCAUCUAUAUAUCAGGCAUAUAACACUGUUUCAGCACUUAUUGACCAAAGAAGUAAGAGCUUGUAAGAGCGUUACUUCAGCUCCACUGCUUAGCAUUUUGUGUUAGUCUGUAUGAUAGUCUGUCAUGACAUUUUCAGUGAAGUUGACUGAUUUUUGAUACAGUUUACCCAAAGGGAUUAAGAUAUAUCAUUCAAAUAGUGAUUCAGUCCAACCUUUUCAAAUAAUAUAAGCUCCAUGAGAAAGUUGACUUUUUCUGUUUUGCUCACUGCUUCAUCCUCUACCUUUAGAACAGCACAUAGUAAAUGGUCAAUAAAUAAUUCAU